ACAGAACCAGAAAGCCUGUUCUCACUCCCUGGUGUGUCGUGUUUCCUGUGGAAGAUGUGGCCGGCUUUCAGCGCGACCUGUGUGGGCGGGAGUGAGUGUGAAUGAACGGUCGCCUCCUGGCAGCAGCAGGUACACUCCCCGCCGCGAUGAGGUUACGUCUGGCCGGAGCUGUGCUGCUGUCGGCGGCCGCCUACUACGUCUACCUGCCGCUGCCGAGCGGCGUGUGCGAGCCGUGGAAGCUGAUGCUACUGGACGCGGUGUUCCGGACCUUCAUGCAGGCGAGUGACGUGGCUCACGCGCUGGGCCUCUGCCACCGUGUCCACCUGCUGAACCACUUGGUGUCCUGGGUGGAGGAGAUCGAUGCUCGCUCCUGCGACGCCGUACACGUGACCGACUGCAAGAUGGGGGGCGUGUCCACAAGAGUCUUCCAGCCCAAGGGCGGGGAAAAGCUGAAAAGGGGAGUGGUGUAUUUCCACGGAGGCGGUUGGGCCCUCGGCAGCGGCCGGAUGAGAUCUUAUGACCGCCUUUGCCGCAAAAUGGCGGAGGAUCUGGACGCCGUCAUCAUGUCUGUGGAUUACCGGCUCGCUCCGGAUGCCGUGUUCCCAGAUCAGUUCAACGAUGCGUUAGCGGCGUCGUGGGACUUCCUGUCCCUGGAGGUGUUGGAGCGAUACGGUGUUGACCCGGAGCGGCUCUGUGUGUCCGGGGACAGCGCUGGAGGGAACCUCGCUGCUGCUGUGGCUCAGGAGCUCAGCUCAGAUGAAAGUCUCACUGUGAAGUUCAAACUCCAGGCGUUGAUCUACCCGGUGCUGCAGGCGCUCGACUUCCACACGCCGUCUUACCAGCAGAACCAGGCCGUGCCCAUCCUCUACAGGCCGUACAUGGCCCGGUUCUGGCUGCAUUACUUGGGCGGCGACUCCUCCCUGGAGCCCCUCCUCCUCGCCAAUAACCAUAGCUCGGCCGUCGACGCCGAAACCCGCUCCAGACUGGACUGGAACACUCUGCUCCCACCUGAGCGCAGGAAGGACUACAAGCCGGUCGUCAAGGAGACGGGGUUGCCGGGGCUGGUGGGUGAGUUGCUGGCACCGCUGACAGACGUGAGGGCGGCACCGCUGCUGGCGGAGCAGAGGACUCUGGGUAGGACGCCGAAAGCAUACGUGAUGACGUGUGAGUUUGACGUCCUCCGGGACGACGGGCUCAUGUACGUCAGACGUCUGCAGGACGCCGGCGUCCCGGUGACCAGCGACCACUAUGAGGACGGUUUCCAUGGCUGCAUGGUGUUCGCGUCGCUGCCGAUGAUGUCCGACGUCGGACAGAGGAGCUUAAACAACUACAUCAAGUGGUUAGACAGGAAUUUGUAGACAAAACUGAGUCCAGAUCCUGAAACUAAAGAUCAGGAUCAUGAUAAUUAUCACUGAUAUGGGGUUGAUAUGGGGAUAUAUGUUGGAAGAAAAAAACCCACACUCACAUUACAAAAGUUUUUAUUGUCAUGGACGGAAGAGGAUUAGGACCACAUAUGAGUCUCUCUGGAAACUAAAUUUAAAAAAUAAAAAAGUCGAAAUUCUGAGGAAAAAGUUCUGAAGAAAAAAUUCAAAAUUCUGAGAAAAAAAAUCUAAUUUCUAAGGAAUUUAGAUUUUCUAUAUCUGGCCCUAAUCCUCUUCCGUAGUCGUGUGUGUGCUAACGAGGCAGAACGACUUUUAUUUAUACUUGAAAAUCAUCACUUAAGGCCAAAUCGUCUAGAAGUUAUGAAGUCGUAAAAAGAAUAAAUAAACAUAGCGACGCCCAGGAAGAUCAUUUAUAAUAUUAUAAUAUUACAAUAUUAUAAUAUUAUAACAUUAUAACAUUAUAAUAUAAUAUUACAACAGUCUAAUAUAUUGAAAUAUUAAAGUGGUAGUUCAGGUUUUUUGUUUAAAGUGUGGUUGAAUGAGGAGCAGCUUACAUGAGGAGAAGAUAAGGAGAAUCCACUAAGGGUUUUUGGGUCGUCAAAUCAUGAUUAAGUGUCUGUUCCUGGUUUUAAAGCAGGGCCUCAAACUCAGAAUGAGCAGGGGGGCAGUGAACUUUCAGUCUGGUCAGGAACAGAAAAAGAAAAACACGUAAAUAUCCUUCAUUUAACGUUAAAAAGCUAAAGAAAUUAAUUAUUUCUUAUGAAAUGAAAGACAGUAAGUACGUUUUUAAACCAUUCACUCUCCCACACCAAACCCCAUAGAGAAAAUCAUAAUUUUUAGCUCACAGGGACACAGGAGCUGCUGGUCUACUGCUGCCUCGUGUGGUCACUUUGUGUCACUGAGGUCAAUCUGAAGGAAGGAUUUCAAACACCGAAGUGACAAAAAAGACAUUUGAACUUAGUGAUGGGGGCAGCAGUGGAUCAACAACUCCUGUGUGCUGGGAUGUUAAAGCCCAUAGAUUUUCUCUAUGGGCUUUGGUGUGGGAGAGUAAAAACUGCUCACGGUUUUUACACAAUGACACAAACUUCAGUUUCUAGCCAGAAAACUUGACCUCAUACAACCACACUAGAAAAAAAAAACCUGAAUUAUGCAUUUAAACAUAAGACUGAGGCAUUGAAAGCAGCAGAUUUCACGUUUAAUGGAUUGUUGAAGCAGGAAAAACACUAGACUGUUUUUUCCAUCAUGAACACUUCAACCAAAACAUGUCCAGUGGGAUAAAACCAAAGAAAAUGCAAAUACAGUACACAUAUACAUAUAUAUAUAUAUGUAUAUGUAUAUGUAUGUGUAUAUAUACAUAUAUAUUAUACAAAAAACUACUGAUCUGUAAACUGUGACCGACUCUCUCAUGCACCCCUGCUCCCAGUUGUAAAACAAAAAACUUGAGCAAAACCAGAGAAAAUGUCAUGUUAAAAAUGAACAUUUAGCAUUUUUUGCUUUUUUGGUUUUUAAAAAUGUCUUCGUUUUUCUUUUUUUUUCAAAGAAAAAAAGUCAGCGUCUGUGUUUUUAUGUGAUUUAUUUAUUCAGAGAUUUAAUAAAUUGCUGAUAUAUUUGGAUUUUACUCCAAACACCUGAGUUUGGCAUAACAGUAACAAUAAUAAUAAUAAUAAUAAUGAUAAUAAAUUAACCACUUGUUCAUUUUCAGGCAUAAUUGACUAGCUUUAAACAAAAUAAUCUCCUCAACAAAAACAAACAAACUUCUUUCUGUGAAAACGGUCAAAAAAACAAGAAGAUAAUCUACGACCGAAUACGCUUUUAAUCUGAUAAAUCUGCGUGUGUGUGUGUGUGUGUGUGUGUCAGAGGUCACAGCUGUACAGACCACUGGGUUGUGCAAUACUCUACUGUAUGUUUGAAACAGUCCCUCACUCUGUCACGAUGAUGAUGAUGAAACACAUGAAUUGUUUGUUUCAACAAACUGUCACUAAUACACUCAUGUUUCCACCACUACCACCUCUUAAAGGGAGAGUUCAUGGUUUUACUUCAGUGUAUUUGUGUGUGUGGACGAUUUAUCUCACUGUUAAACAGACUUUUCCAACAGAAAACUCGAGUUUGUCUCCCUCUCACACCAAACCCCAUAGAGAAAGUCAGUGAUUUAAGCUCGCGGGGACACAGAAGCUGCUGGGUGCUGAGUGGUUUACAGACCUCAGUUUCCUGUUUAAAUAAAAUAUAGUCAAUAUAUAUUAAGAUAUCGCAGACUCAAGCUGACAUAGGUUUUUAUUAGGUUAGCCAAUUGUCAUGUUAAAUCUUGUUGUAGAUGACUCACUCUCCCACACCAAACCCCAUAGAGAAAAUCAGUGAUUUUAACAUCACAGCACACAGGAGUUGUUGAUCCACUGCUGCCUCCAUCACUCAGUUCAAAUGUCUUAUUUUAUCACUUCAGCUUUUAAAAUCCUUUGUUCAGAUUUUCCUGUGACACAAAUUGACCACACGAGGCAGCAGUAGACCAGCAGCUCCUGUGUCCCUGCAAGCUCAAAUCACUGAUUUUCUCUAUGGGGUUUGGUGUGGGAGAGUGAGUGGUUUACAAACUUCAGUUUCCUGUUGGAAAAGUCUUUCUCACAGUGAGAUAAAGAUGUGCGCAUGUUCUUAAAGACAUGGUAGACUUAAUGUGAUGCAGAUUUUAUGUGUUGACUUUGUGGUUUAGUUGCUAACAUCUUCACUGGCAGCCAUGUUUCCAAAAGAGUCAAAAAGUGGAACUGUCACUUUAAAUAAAACUGGACCAAAUCUAAUGCAACACACACACACACACACACACACACACACACACACACACACACACACACACACACACACACACACUCAAGCAGUCUGUCUGUGUGUGUGUGUACACACACAGACAGGGGGUUUUGGCUCUUUGAGUGCUGCUGAUUACGACGCAGUUUCACAUAACUCAGUGAAAGAGUCGACUUCAGGUUUUAAUGUUCUCACCUCCUUUGUUUCAAGGUCUGUUUAUUCUGCAAAAAGAAAAACCACCAUAUGCUUCAUGUGUACGUUAACAUAAGUUAUUUGUGGAUUUAAACUGUGGAGAAAGACUUGAAUGUUUCUCACUUGCUGCUGCAGCUUCAAAGCUUUGUGCUUCAUAUUGGAUAAAUACGGUUUUAAUAGACACUGGGGUUUCGUUACAGGUUGUUAACACACUAAACUCAGCCCAGAUGUUAUUUUUCUGCGGCUCAAUAUUAAUCCCCUCACUUAGCGUUUAGUUGUGGGGACGACUGUUUGUAUGUCGGCGGUGGAAUCGCAAGAUUUUCAUGUCUUUCUUGUUUUAAUUUUCCAAAAUGUCCCAUAUGUUAUAUAUUAUUACUGUUGGUGUGUCUGUUUUUCUCUGACCGCACCAGCAGAGGGCAGACCUUUUUUUGUUUUUAUUUUUUUAAUUUGAUCUAGUUUACUUGUUUAAUCGUGAAAAUGAAUCAAUGGUUUGUCCAUAAAAUGUCAAGAAAUAAGUGUAAAAUGUUGAUUUUGGUUCCCAAUCUUUCUACAUAGUCAGUUAUCUUCACCUGAUAUCAUUUUGAAUUGGUAAACUAACAAUUUCCAAGAGAUGUUUAUUAAAUUACAUUCAUUAAAACUUAA